CUGGUAUCGACGCCCCGGUCUUUCACUCUCCUUAAAGCCUACAGCAGAGCGAUGUCACUCAAUCGUAUGGAUAUUAAAGAGUCUCUCGCCGCCCAGAUAUUUGUCUCCUCCUCAUCGGCUUCUGCUCGCUCAACUGUAUAAACAGCCAAGUUCACUCGCUUUGACUUGUGCACCACAGUCGCUUCAGAUCACGGUCGUUUCUUGUCUCUCGCUAGGAAUAUAUUUUUAAUACCUAAUAUAAUACUCGCCCGAGUACGUAAAGCCACCGACAUGCAAGGUCUAUUGCUGAGCCUGGGGGCUCUCGCCCUCGCCGGCUCUGCCAGCGCUGACUCCAAGCGUCACUACCCCGUUGCGCCUGAGCCAUACCCAACAUACCCGGGUUACCCGACGUUUCCCGAGAGCUCGACCUCAACUAAGGUCGCCACUCCGUCUUCGUCAACUUACCCCGUGAGCUCCUCUACCUCCGUUCCAGUUCCAGGAUACCCGACAUCCCCCGAGUCGAGCUCUACGUCAACUUUCGAGGUGACGAGCUCCGCUUCGGCUUCGUCCUCGUCGACUAUUCCGGGAUAUCCAACUUUCCCUGAGUCGAGCUCCACUACGACUUUCGAGGUGACAAGCUCAGCUUCGGCUUCAUCCUCAUCUCCUGUCAGCUCUUCUACUACUCCAGGAUAUCCGACGUUCCCCGAGUCUAGUUCUACUACAACCUUCGAAGUGACAAGCUCGGCUUCAGCUUCGUCCUCAACCCCCGUCAGCUCUUCUACGACUGUUCCAGGAUAUCCAACGCUCCCUGGAUCGAGCUCCACCUCAAGCUUCGUGACAAGCUCAGCUACGUCGUCUUACCCGGUCAGCUCCGCCUCCGUCUCUACCUCUUCGUUCGAGGUCUCCAGCUCUACUUCGUCGUUCGCAGUCUCUAGCUCUACCUCUUCGUUCAAAGUCUCUAGCUCUAGCUCCAGCGAGGCGACAUUUUCCACGACCGUCCCCUCGUACCCUACCUUCCCGGGUAGCUCAGUCUCCAUCUCGAGCUCUGUGAGCAGCACUCCUUCCUCCAGUGCUACCACUCUAGCGACUACAUCUGUUCCGUCGGUCCCAACUUACCCCACUGGCGGUGCCAGCUCGUCUACGUCUAAGUCUAAGAUCAGCUCUACCUCAAGCUUUGAGGCUAGCACCAGUUCUUCCACCUUUGUUCCCAGCACCAGCACCAUUGUGACCUCUUACCCCACCAUUCCUACAACGCUAUCUACUGGUGUUUCCACCACUUCGGGAACUGCCCCUACAACUCAACCCACUGGUUCGUCUUCCUCCAGCUGUUCCACCACUGUUCCGACUGGCGGCUCUUCCUACAGUGCAUCAGUUCCUACCGGUUCUACCUCUCUACCAAUCGGCUCCACCUCUGUCCCUAUUGGUUCCUCCUCUGUCUCGACUGUUGUACCCAGCUCUUCGGUUCCUACCACUGGAGUAGAGUACCCCACCACCGGUCCCGGUAGCACAACGACGCUGAGCUCCACCAAGACCAAGACCAAGUUCACUACUUCCACUAUCUACACGACGACCAAGUACACCGUUACUUCUUGCGCAUCUACUGUUCCCAACUGCCCGGGUACUCCGUAUGUCACUACUGAGACCGUCCCUCUCACUACUACAGUAUGCCCUGUAACGUCUACUUCGGAGACUGCCACUGUUCCCGGAUAUCCCACCUCCAACACUUCCGAGGAGCACCCAACCACCAGCCCGACUAAGGGACACCCGACUACCAGCCCCACUGCCCCUAGCUACCCUACGACGACUGCCCCCACUACGGAGUACUCCACUUCGACCCUGUACUCGACCACCAUCCGCACUAUCACUUCUUGCGGACCUGAGGUUCCUGACUGCCCCGGCAAGCCGCACACUACCACUGAGACCAUCUCUAUUGGUACUACUCUCUGCCCCGUGACCUCGGUCAAGACUCCUACCAUCACCAAGACUCUCACGCCUUACCCCAGUGUUCCUGUUGAGACCCCUGGCAAGACCCCCUCCGUACCGGUUGAUACCCCCUCUUACCCAACCGGCCCAGUUGAGACUCCCUCUGUACCAGUCGAGACUCCUCCUUCUCCUACCGGCCCCGUCGAGACCCCCACUAUCAAGACCCCCACUGGACCAGUUGAGACUCCUUCUUACCCUACCGGUCCCGUCGAAACCCCCGGCUACCCCACUGGACCAGUUGAGACUUUCACUCCUUACCCGUCUAAGCCUCUCACCCCCUACCCGACCAAGUCUUUCUCGCCCUUCCCGACUUUCACCACCACGCCUUUUGUUCCCGGAUACCCGACCGGCCCCAGCAGCUUGACGACUUCCAUCAAGACCCCGCCGCCAUACCCUACCAUUGUGCCCAGCGUCAGCACUGAGGUACCCCCUGCCGGCACUGCUAGCACCGUCCCUCCCCCGGCCGCGACUCCCACCACCGGCUACCCUACCAUCCCGACUGCCGCUGCUGCUCACGUGGAGCGCGGAUUCGGAUUCGUGGUCGCCGCCGCCGUCGCUGCUGCUCUUCUAUAAGCGGCUUAGGUGCAUAUAAAGGCUUGCAUACAAAAGGGUGUUUUAAGGUUUGGUGAGAUUGCUUUGUUUUAAGCAGGUUUGGAUGAGGAUACACGAUUAGGAGUAUGUUAGAAUGGUCUAGAAAAGGCGGUUAGCCACCAUUUUAUAUAGCUAUUUAUUUAAUUUCAACAUUCAUUUGUCGUAA